CUCUACGUGGAGGAAAUCAUGCAUCUUGCAAUCUGGCUGGUUGGACUAACGUGUCAUUUGUCAGCACUCGCCAGGGAAACUCUGCAGUACCGAUUGCAUCCGAAACAAGAGAGCUUCAUCAGGCAGCUGUCAUCGUAUGAAAUCGUCACUCCGCUCCGAGUGAACGACUUCGGAGAAUCGUUCCCCCACAAGCUGCACUACAGAAGGAGACAGAGGAGUUUAAGUGAUGACCUGUCGGGCUUGCGGCUUCUCUACAGGAUCGACGCGUUCGGGGAACGCUUCCAUCUCGACCUGAGCGCAGACUCCAGCUUCAUCGCCCCGUCCUACACCGUGACUCACUUGGGAGCGGAGCGGAGCGGCGACGCGGACUCGCACUUCCACGACCCCGGCGAUAUGCGGCACUGCUUUUUCCGCGGGCACGUCAACGCAAAGAGCGAGCACCCCGCUGUGUUCAGCCUGUGCACCGGUCUGGUCGGAACAUUUACGACGCAGCACGCCGAAUACUUCUUGGAGCCUCUUUUGAACGUGUCUGGCGCGGAAUACGAAGAAGAGCACAACAAACCGCAUCUCGUCUAUCGACACGAGAGGAGACGAAACACCUCGCAUCCCGAUGAACCCUGUGCUGCCUCGGAAAACUCCAAGAGGUCGGCCUCUUUUGAGAGGAGAGGGAAUAUGGCUGAGGAGCUGGAUUCUCUUACAGCCACAAUCAACCAGCAUCACAUUGAUGGAAACGGCACCAGGCGCGACGGCACGACCACCCCCCUGCGACGCAAGCGCUUCCUCUCCUACCCCCGCUACGUUGAGCUGAUGGUGACGGCAGACGCCAAAAUGGCCCGUCACCACGGACGCAACCUGGAGCACUACAUCUUAACAAUCAUGUCAGUAGUAGCAGCAGUGUACAGGGACCCCAGUGUAGGGAACCUCAUUAACAUCAUGGUAGUCAAGCUAGUCAUCAUCCACAAUGAGCAGGAAGGACCCACAGUGAACUUCAAUGCUGCCACCACUCUCCACAACUUCUGUGUCUGGCAGCAGAGCCAGAACAUCCAGGAUGACAGCCAUCCUUCUCACCACGACACCGCACUUCUCAUCACCAGGGAAGACAUCUGCCGUGCAAAAGAUAAAUGUGACACUUUAGGACUCGCAGAGCUCGGCACCAUGUGUGAUCCGUUCCGCAGCUGCUCCAUCAGUGAAGAAAAUGGAAUUAGUGCCUCUUUCACCAUCGCUCAUGAGCUGGGCCAUGUGUUCAACAUGCCUCAUGACGACAAUCCCAAGUGCAGAGAGGCGGGCAUGAAGCACCAGUAUCACGUCAUGGCUCCCACCCUCAACUACGACACCAACCCGUGGUCGUGGUCCAAGUGCAGUCGCAAAUACAUCACAGAGUUUCUAGACACUGGAUACGGGGAGUGCCUCCUGGAUGAGCCCAUCGGCAGAACGUAUGAGCUUCCCACACUCCUACCCGGCCAGAUAUACAACGCCAACAAACAGUGCGAGCUGAUGUUUGGGCCUGGCUCCCAAAUUUGCCCCUACAUGAAACAGUGCAAAAGGUUGUGGUGCACGAGUGCAGAGGGGGACCACAAAGGCUGUCGCACACAACACAUGCCCCUGGCUGAUGGGACCGAGUGCGGUCAUGGAAUGUAUUGCAAACAUGGGAUGUGCAUAAACAAGGAGUUGGACAUUCAGCCUGUGAAUGGAGAGUGGGGUCCUUGGGGGCCCUACAGCGUUUGCUCCAGGUCGUGUGGUGGAGGAACGAGGAGCACCACCAGAGACUGCAACAAACCUGAGCCCAGAAACGGCGGGAGAUUCUGCGUGGGCCGCAGGAUGAAGUUCCGCUCCUGCAACACUGAGCCGUGUCCACGGGAAAGGAAGGACUUCCGGGAAGAACAGUGCUCUCAGUUUGAUGGCAAGCACUUUAAUAUCAACGGUCUACCUCCCGCCGUCAGAUGGGUCCCCAAAUACAGCGGCAUACUAAUGAAGGAUCGCUGUAAGCUCUUUUGCCGGGUCGCUGGCACUAUGGCUUACUAUCAGCUGAAGGACCGCGUGGUGGACGGCACUCCGUGUGGUCCAGACACUUACGACAUCUGUGUUCAAGGCCUCUGCAGGCAAGCAGGCUGCGACCAUGUUCUCAACUCAAAGGCAAGGAAUGACAAAUGUGGAGUCUGCGGUGGGGACAACUCCUCAUGCAAAACUCUGGCGGGGACCUUCAACGACGCCCAGUACGGCUAUAACACAGUUGUGCGGAUUCCAGCCGGAGCCACCAAUAUUGACAUCAAACAGGUUAGCUACUCUGGAAAACCAGAAGAUGACAACUACCUCGCUUUGUCUGACGGACAGUCCAACUUCCUCCUGAAUGGGAACUUUGUGGUGGCAAUGUUCAAAAGGGAAAUCACCUUCAAGGGCACGGUCAUCGAGUACAGCGGCUCGGAUACAAAAGUUGAGCGCAUCAACUGCACGGACCGCAUCGAGGAGGAGCUCAUUUUACAGGUCUUGUGCGUGGGGAACCUUUACAACCCAGAUGUGCGUUACUCCUUCAACAUACCCGUCGAGGAGCAAAGGGAGCAGUUUGUGUGGGAUCCCUCUGGCUCCUGGCUUGAAUGCAGCCGCCUUUGUCAAGGUGAGAGACGACGGAAGGCAGUGUGCGUUCGGGACAGCGAUCACCUUGAAGUAUCCGAUCAACACUGUGAACAUCUACCUCGCCCCGUUGCUUUUACUGAGCCCUGCAACACUGACUGCGAAGUCAGAUGGCACGUCGCUGGAAAGAGUGAGUGUUCGGCGAAAUGCGGCCCCGGCUACCGCAGCCUGGAUGUUCAGUGUAUGAAGUAUAGCCAGAUGAAGAGUCAGAGCGAGAGGAUGGAGGCUAGCGUCUGCGGCGACAUCGCCAAACCUCAGACGAGGGAGACCUGCCACGGGGAUUGUCUGCUUAAGAGCUGGCAGUACAGCGCAUGGUCGCAGUGCUCUAAGAUGUGUGGACGUGGGAUUCGUAGCAGAGAGUCUUACUGUAUGAACAACCUGGGCCGGCGGUUGGUGGACAGAGAGUGCAGCGACUACGAGAGGGUGGUGACCGAGUCCUGCAACGACCAGCCAUGUCCAAAGUGGACAGUCAGUGAGUGGAGUGAGUGUCUGGUGACUUGUGGGAAAGGAAUGAGGCACCGCCAAGUGUCCUGCACUACGGGAGCUGGGGAGGAAAAGCUGAGCGAACAUUUCUGUGACCCGUCCAGUAAACCUUCCACUGUGGGGAGCUGCAAACUCCCCGAGUGCGCAACGUGGCAGGUUGGCGUCUGGGGAGCGUGUGCAGUGACCUGCGGACUUGGGUACCAGAUGAGGGCUGUGAGAUGCGUCUUAGGGGACUACGGUGACUCAGUAGAUGACAGAGAGUGCAACGCUGCAGCGAGGCCCAGAGACAGUCAGGACUGUGAGAUGCCUGCAUGUCCACGGACAUCUGGAUCUCAAAUUACACCUCGCCCUGACAACACUGUUCAGCUUGUGACUCAGUGGAGAUUCGGCUCCUGGACUUCUUGCUCUGUGUCCUGUGGCAAGGGGAAGCGCGCGCGUUACGUCAGCUGCAGAGAUGCGCAGGGCGGAGUGGCUGACGAAUCGUACUGCGCUCACCUGCCGCGCCCCCCGGAGUUCUCCACCUGUUUCAGCCCCUGUGGUCAGUGGCAUGCCGGAGAAUGGUCUGCUUGUUCAGUGACAUGCGGUGUUGGGCGAACCACCAGACACUUGGUCUGCUCCAACUACCACCAGCCAGUGGACCAGUCUCUCUGCGAUCCCGACGAGAGGCCCGCAGCCGAGCAAGAGUGCACGGCUGCUCCCUGCCCCUCCGCCUACAACCGUCAGCACAUUUACGAACAACCCUACGGAUAUCCUCAGGAUCCAGGACGUCAUCCGGGACACAGCAGCUGGAACGUCCCGUCUGCAGACAACCAGUGGAGGACAGGACCAUGGGGCGCAUGCUCCAGCACCUGUGCGGGAGGCUUCCAGAGGCGAGUGGUGGUCUGCCAGGACGCCGACGGGCGGAGCAACAGCUACUGCGAUGAAAGAGUCAAACCUGCCGAGUCCAAGAGCUGCGACUCCGGGCCUUGCCCUCUGUGGAACUACGGGGUCUGGGGAGAGUGCACCCAGACUUGUGGUGGCGGGAGGAAGACUCGCCUAGUGGUGUGUCAAAGGCCCAGUGGGCAGAGACUCAACGACUACAACUGUGACGUCCUGGACAAGCCGCCUGACAUGGAGCAGUGCAACCUCCAGUCCUGCCCAGGCGCCACGUCCUGGCAUCGCCGACCGUGGAAGCCGUGUUCAGUGAGCUGUGGCCGCGGCACCAAGCAGCGGGAGAUAGCCUGUGUUUUCCAGAACCAAACCCAAUUAAAGGAUGCGCACUGCAGCCAUCUGCCCCGGCCGCGCGCGCAGACGGCCUGCCGAGCUCGAGGAUGCCCCGCCUGGAAAGCCAACAGGUGGCGGGAGUGCUCCGUCACCUGUGGAUCUGGAGUUCAGGAGCGAGAUGUUUAUUGCAGGCUCAAAGGUUCAGGACAAGUCAGAGAAGACCUCUGUAGUCCUCACCUACGUCCUCCAACAGUCCAAGUGUGCCAAACAGCAGAGUGCACACGUUACACCUGGGUGGCAGGUGAAUGGGAACAGUGCAACGCAACGUGUGGGGAAGGGAUGAAGAGCAGAAAGGUGAGAUGUGUCGGCCCGGGGCCCACACCUGCCCACGAUGACCACUGUGGACCGUCCACCAGGCCCCCAUCUCUCCAUCGCUGCAGAGAGGAGCCCUGUCACUACACGUGGAUAACAGGGGAGUGGUCACAGUGCUCCGCCAGCUGUGGCGUCGGCUACCAGCACCGUUUUGUCUCCUGCUCUCUGUUGCCCUCCUCUUCGCACUCCCAGCAUUUCCACACUCAGCUGUCCUCUGCAGGCAAAAUCUGCCCUGAACCUCACCCUCCUGCCACUCAGCCAUGCCUCCUCAGGGAGUGCCCUCAAACCUCCUACUGGAAAGUUGGCCCUUGGACCAAGUGUUCGCUGACCUGUGGGUCAGGAGUGAUGGAGCGUAGGGUGGAGUGUGUGACCUCCGAGGGGCAAAUGUCUAAACGCUGCCGUCCAUCAGACAGACCUGAAUCGCAAGCUGCAUGUCAAGAGAGACAAUGCCAGGUGUUCACUUCUUGCCGAGACAUUCAACGGAACCAGGGUGUGAGGAUGGAUGGGGAAUACUAUCUUAAGGUCAAGUUUCGGACUCUGCAGAUUUACUGUGCUGAGAUGCAGACGGAUUUCCCGAAGGAGUACGUGACACUGCGCAGCGGUGAGACAGACAACUAUUCUGAGGUGUACGGACACAGGUUGAUCAACCCCUUCGAAUGUCCGUACAAUGGCAGUCGCAGGCAGGACUGUGAGUGCAGAAAUGACUAUUCGGCAGCAGGGUACACGCUCUUCCACAAAGUUCGUCUGGACCUGAACUCCCUUCGGAUAAUGAUCACAGACCUCCAGUUUUCCCAGACUAUUCAUGGGCGGCCUGUCCCAUUUGCUACAGCAGGAGAUUGUUAUAGUGCAGCCAAGUGCCCACAGGGCCAAUUUAGCAUCAACCUGGUUGGAACGGGCCUUAAAGUGGCUCCAAACACCAAGUGGACAUCUCAAGGGAACUACGUUUCGGUUAAAGUCCACAGAUCUGAGGACGGAACAAGAAUUUACGGUCGCUGCGGUGGUUUCUGUGGGAAGUGCAUUCCCCACGCUCAUAAUGGUCUUCUCCUCCAAGUUCACUGAGAGCCAAGUCAAAAACAAAUCUCUAAAUUCAGUUUGAUGACAGUGGGCCAGGAACACACAAUAAGAGUCAUUUGUUGGAUCCAGUCGUCGGCUGUGAGCACGGAGGAGGGGCGUCAGCUGUGACAUCUCCGGUUCCCAGAUGGCAGCUAAAGGAUACACUACACAGUCCACUAAUGCUGCAUGCUGUCAACGUUAAGUGUUUCCUUUAAGCUGAAGACGAGCCAGCUUCAUUUGCUUGCCAGCCAUUUUGCUGUGGCACGUUUUGCGGGUUGGAAAUGUAUUCACUGAUGUAAUUAUAUUACCAAGGGAGUCAGGACCUGUUGGUCACCGGGGCAUGCAAGAACUCGAAACAGAAAGAAAACAGCUUCUUGUUAUAUUUUCAUCUUAAAACAGUCUUUUCUGAAUUUAAAUUCUGUUCCUCCUGGCAACACUUUGCAGGAAGCGUUAUACACUAAAAUAUUAAGAAAUGAAUGGUUCUCUUGCUGUGCUACAUAAUGAGAAUAAACGAAUAACCACUUUCAAAAAUAUAAAACUAUCGUAAUUACAGGGUGGGCCAUAAGUUUCCAUACAUAGGAGAAUGUAAAAUGUAUAUUUCUUUUAUAUUUCAGAUACCCAAGAUGAUGCGUUUGACAAAAGAGCAAAGAAUUGAAAUUAUACUGAUGGCUGGAUCGGGAAGCAGUCGCAUGGCUGCACGAAACUUUAACAGAAAACAUGGAAUGAGCAUCACACACGACACUGUGGCAAAACUUAUUUGCAAGUUUCAGAAAACUGGAAAUGUUGCAGAUCAACCACGAAGUGGUCCAAGACGUGCAGCGAUUACACAGAGUCCCACAAAAAUAAAAGCGGUUGUCCAAUAUAAAAUGUUUAUUUUUUCUAUGUAUGGAAACUUUUGGCACAUCCUGUAAUUAUCCAUAUGUAACUUGAGACUUGAGUAAAUCUCUAGACUUUUUUAAAGUAACUAAGUACUGACGGUGUUCCUGACCUGCCUCACAUCAGAGGUCAAAGUUUAGGGGAACAUUUUUUUGAAGAACUUUACAUUUUAAUUGCAUUGCUAGCUAUGUGUUCCUACUACAGUCUGUGAUCUAUCUUUAGUCGUUAUUGGCACUGCUGGUAAAAUGUGUAAAAAAACCAACAUAUUAGGAUUUAAGAACAACAAUCAGGCAAAACAGAGUCCCAGUCCAGCUAAAAUUAUUAAAAUAAGCGGCAUAAAUAUAUCCUUGGAAACUCUGCAGCUGUAAACAAACUCAAUACGUUUAAUCAGUGUCACAUUUAACUCUUUCACUAAUGACAUUACGGACUCUGCAGUCUCUAAUAUUUUAUUUCUUUUUCUUUGCGGGGACACAUACUUGAUCACAAUCAAAGUUUCUCCAGGACAGCUCAAAUAUUCUCCUUCAGCACAUGUUAAGGAGGUGAGUAUGCUGAUCUGACAGUCACCUAAAACACACAUCCCUUCAUCUCUGUCUCUCAGGAUGUACCUGACAUGACAGAUACAGCUACAUUCUUCAAGCUCUGCUGAUACAGUAAGCUAACAUUGACAUAUUUAUUAUGAUCUGACUUGUUGAUAAUUCUACUUUUAACUUGAGUGCAGGUCCUUUUCGAUAUUCAUCCAUUUUUAGGUUAUCCUUGACUAUAACUAUGUCUAUCUGUGUUUAUCUUGGGUGUUAGUAACAGAGUCACCAGUGAUUGGACACCACCUACUUACAAACUACUUGUUUUGGACCCUUGUCAGGAAAACCAUGACAUUUUGUCAUUUCAGGACAAAUUUAGCAAUCGUCACAUCUUCACAACAUGUGGACAUUUCUGAAUCUUACUGUAUUUUUGAUUACAACAAUAUUUUGGUUAGAUUCAACCAAAUUUAGCUUUAUGGUGAUAAACAGAGUGGUUUGUGUGAAACUAUGAAGGCAUGUUAAGUAAUUCCUGGAGAGGACCCAUAAGAGGGAACCCUGGACUCUGAUACAAAGAGGUCAGAGGUCCUUCUCUCCGUAUGUUUGAACCUCCUAAAGAUUAUGCUCCGGUAAUAAAAGAUGAUUUAUUCACAUCUUUACCUUGGUUGCCAAUAAAUGCGCUCAACACCCCACUACUAAAUGUCACUGAGAGUCACAUUGACAUGCUAACUGUUUAGGUAAAUGCCUUUGCAAUGAGCGGAAACCCAGAUCAUUUCUAAGAGUAUAAGCUCAGUGUAAAAGAGUGUUAUUUCAUUGCACAACUUCUCAUCUUCUACUGUACAUGACACAGUCAGGUAUGGCAUCUCAGCCACUCCGUUUGGCCUGCUCCAAGUCCUCACAACCCUACCUCUCACAAGCAUCUGUACUCUGAACUGUGUUGUCAUAUAUUUAUGUUCAACCAUAUUUAUUCUAUACUGACCUCUGAACAUGUUUGUAAUAUGAUACAAUGACUACUACCAGGGGAGGAGACAUUGUCUGCCUUUGCCAUCAAGGUACUUUAAUGACGUAUUGCAUAACCACUAAUCUUAAAGUACUGUGCUUUUUAACUACUGGAAUUACGUCUGAUUUGCAAAUGGAAAAUACUGACAUUUGGAGUAACUCUUUCUGCGGCAGAGCCUCUUUUGUUUUAACCGGCAGAGUAAGAAAUGUCUUGAAAUGUCUGAUGUACGACCUGCUUGCAAAGCAGUUCAGAGUACUGAUAUCAAUGCGGGAUUCUUAGAUAUACCAGCCGAACUUGACCCAUCGAAAAUCUCCCCCUGUGGGCGACGUGAGUUCCUAAUCCACAACUGUUACCGUGACAACCAUCAUGUAGCUUAACACACUGGCAUGCAGAUGCUGAGCUUUUAACCAAAGCAGGGAAACAGAUCCAGACUCUAUUCUCUCCUCAGACAGUGCAGCUUCCUCAGAUUUAAAGAACGGCUGACAAUGAUAAAAGUCGGCGAGCAGCUAGAAAACCUUUGGCUGGUGUCCUUUUUUUUUUUUAUGACAGCCAAUUGUGCUUUGAGAUCUGUAUCAGAAGUUCAAGAAUACUUUAUGCACUAUGUGCCAUUAACUUUGUAGAAAUGUAAUCCUGUAUGUUUUUUUUUGUUGUAAUAAUCAUUACACUGUAACUUAUAUGCUUGUGUGUGUGUGUGUGUUUUUAAUAUUCAAUACUUGAAUUGUAAACAUUGUGUGAUGUAUUCAGUUGACUUUGGUACUGAAUAGAGAAAUGUUGACUUUGCUUGCCCUGCUCUAUCCAAAGAUGUUUUUAAGAAUCAUAUGUAUGUAUAGUAUGUAAGUAUAUAAACAGUAUGUAUGAAUGUACGUAUGGAUGAUGGGGGGUGAAUGCUGCUCAUAAGACAUGCAUAAUUAUGGUGCUAUGUAUGGUUACUAAUCAUACAGUUACUGUACGUGUCAUUAUACUAAAACAGGAAGGAGAAACAGAAAAAUAAAAUUUG